AUGUCAGUAAUACAAUGGAACAUUCUCGUCGAAUGGGAGCCUCUUAUCGAUCUACUGGGACGUCAUCGAGCGAUAGCAGCCGCGGCGACGCAAAAAGCGUGUCAGUGUGCCGGCUACAAAGCCUUUGUGGCGAGACCGGACGCCGCUCGCCGCCACCACUUUUGUUUGCUGCUUAGUGUUCGUGCCUCUGAAAGUGGUGAUUUUAGUGUCCGUAAAGUUGUUAGCUUAGCGCUACGCUUAGGUGCCCUAUUAGUUGGAACGGUACCGCUGUGUCCCAUGUUACAGUUACCUACAGUA